AUGUGCCUCCUCAACAAGCCCAAGGGUGAGAUGACCCCAGAGGAGCUGCAGAAGUGGGAGGAGGAGGAGUUUAACAUAGGUCCACUCCCUGUGCUCACACAGUCGGUCAAGAACAACACCCAAGUGCUCAUCAGUUGCCGCAACAAGAAGCUCCUGGGCCGUGUGAAGGCCUUUGAUAGGCACUGCAACAUGGUGCUGGAGAAAGUGAAGGAGGUGUGGACCGAGGUCCCCAAGAAUGGCAGGAGCAAGAAGAAGUCCCAGACAGUCAACAAGCACUGCUACAUCUCCAAGAUGGUCCUGUGUGGGGACUCGGUCACUGUGGUCCUGCGGAACUCGCUCAUGCAUAGCCAGCAAGAAGGGGCCUCCUCCCCGCAGUCAGAACUUGCCCCCUUGUUUUUCAAAGACCUGCCCUUUGCGCUGGGAAUAAUAAAGUACUGGGAUUUUUCUAAAAAAAAAAGGAAGCCCCCUGGCCUCGCUCAACAGUGA